UUCGGAAUAGCUGGCGCGGGUGUCAGCGUGUUUAGCUGCUAGACAUGGCUCUCUUGGGUACAUCCCUGAGUCGCCUGUUGUGUCCUUUCAGUAGGUCAGCGGCGAUACUGGGUGUCAGGUGGCUUCAGCCCCAGGCCUUGCUGAGACUACCUGACGGCUGGGGACUCCCCGGCACGCAGCCAAGCCGGGGCAAGGCGCGCGGGAAUGAGUACCAGCCGAGCAACAUCAAACGCAAGCACAAGCAUGGGUGGAUCAAGCGCUUGAGCACGCCAGCCGGUGUCCAGGUCAUCCUUCGCCGCAUGCUCAAGGGUCGCAAAUCGCUGAGCCAUUGAGCGCAAAGCUGCCGAUGGGAGCCCCGACCCCCAUUAAAGCACUUCCCUCCCUGCA